AUGUGUGGCUUUGCAGCUGCUCCAGUCGACUCAUUGGUUGAAAUUUCCACUACCGAUGUGUUUUUCCAGCAUGAAAGAGCAGAGUACCUUUCAUGGUUUAUCUUGUCUCUUUAUGCUGGUUCUGACUUGGGACCAGUUGCCUGUGGUUAUAUUGUCGAGCACCUCAGCUGGAGAUGGUGUGGAUAUAUUCAAAUCAUCAUCUUUGCUGUCACACUUGUGGUUUGUCUUUUCUAUAUGGAAGACACCACUUUCAGAAGAGACUACGACUCUUUGCAAGGAGAAGAAGAAAUUAUGCACCAGAUUAAGAGCAGAGAGUCCUCGGUGGCUCCACAACCAGUUACUGAAAAAUCUCGUGUCGUUAUUGGUCUGGAAUCAGACGACCUUUCUGAUGCUGCAUCGAUUGCUUCUGUUGACCAUUCUAUUCCCUUGAGAACGUACUGGCAACGUAUGAGGUUGAUAGAGACGGAGUACUCCGACUUGCGGUCGUGGUUGACAAUUUUUAUAAGGCCAUUUUUCCUUGUGAGCUUCCCUGCCGUUGUUUGGGGAGGACUCAUCUAUGGGGCUCAAAUGAUGUGGCUUUCUUUACUCGCUACAACCCAAGCUGAAAUCUACUCUUAUGCUCCGUACAACUUCUCUACUCCACAGACAGGCUUGACCAACUUGGGGGCAUUGGUUGGUUCCAUCAUUGGUAUGUUUUACGGAGGAAAAUUUGUCGAUUAUCUCACUGUUAAAUUGGCCAGAAGAAACAAUGGUAUUAUGGAGCCCGAGUUCAGAUUAUGGGCUAUGAUUUUGCCAACUGUCUUGAAUGCAGCUGGUUUGCUUGCGUAUGGCCUUAGUUCGGCCUACCAAGCACCUUGGGCCGUCUCUGUUGUCGUUGGUCAAGGCUGCUUGGGAUUUGCAAUGGGCUCAUCUGGUUCAAUUUGCUUAACUUAUGCUAUUGACAGUUAUCCAAAGUUGGCUAGUGAAGCAUUGGUAUUGAUGCUUUUUGUUAGAAAUUGUAUUGGCUGUGGUUUCACCUUCGCAAUUCAGCCAUGGUUGGACAAAAAUGGGUUGAAAUUGACCACCUGGUUGAUGUUCAUGUUGUCGUUGAUUAUCAAUGGAAGUUUUAUUUUGAUGAUAAUGUUUGGCAAAUCGUUUAGAAGAUGGACCAAAGAACGGUACUACAAGUUUUCCGAUCCUAUGUUUGGAGAAUUUUUUCAAAGGAAAGCAGUAGAGUUUAAGGGAAUUGUUUAA